AUGCCUCUGGCAGAUACGCUCGACUCAAGGGCUCCCAUAAUCCAGAUUUUUGAGCACUUCAGAGAAGAGCUCGAUGACUUUCAUGACAGGAGGGAGCGUCUCAUCAAGUCUAGCCGCGACGCGACCAACCUCUCGAAGAAGGUCAUAUUUCUCUUGCACCGUUCCAUGACGGAAGACUCCUCCGAAUCCGACGAUCGCGCUCUCUCAUUGCGCGCUGUCUCCCGUGCAAAGGGCAAGUUGCGAGGUAUCCAGCAGCUCUUCGCGGGAAUGCGAGGGGAACUUACGGGCGAUCGAUUUUGGAGACACCAGAAGAAUGUAUCGCCGGGCUUGCAGGAAUACAUCGAGGCCUUCAGUUUCUCCUACUAUCUGCAACAUCGCACCUUGAGUUCGUACGAAGAUGUACAAAAGUCGUUAUCUGAUGAGAAGGGUACACCUUAUUUCCCUUUGCCACUGGGUGACUAUCUGUUAGGAUUGUCCGAUCUGACAGGAGAGUUGAUGCGCUAUGCGAUCUCUGCUAUCGCCCGCCGUGGUGGGCGCGCCAAGGCAAGCGAGGUCUGCAGUUUUGUUAGAAGCUGCAAAGCAGAUUUUGAGGGCUUUACACCAUACUUUAGAGAGUUGCGCAAAAAGCAGAGUGUCACAGCUCAGUCGUUGGAGAAGAUCGAAGAUGUCGCCUAUGCCAUUGCCGUGCGUAGCUCGGAGUAUGACCUCCCCCCAGAACUUCUGGACGACAUAGUGGAGCGGACAGUUUCCAGUGCAGCGAAUGGGGAGAUCGGCGGCGAAGACCGGAGGGGGAAGCGGAGAGACGAUGCCUUUGAUGGUGAUUAUGAUUAGGCCCAGCGGGUGAAUAUUGCACUACUAUCUGAUACGUUCUUGCAUGCAUGUGUGUGAUGUACUUGGAUAUGCACCGGAAGCGACAACGCAUGAGAACCCAUCGUAGCC